GGGCUCUUGGAACCAAACCCCAGCGUAUAACAAGGAUCCACUGUAUUCGGUUUUUCUCUUAUCUCCCAGGUCCUGAUGACCAAUGUGUUCCAUUAUUGCAUCAUUGUGGCCCCCAUGGUGUUCUCCUUCAGUAUGAUUGGCAUCAUUACUGACAUUAUCCUGACCAAGUCCGUCCCUGCUUCUGACACAGGUGCCAUGCUGGGAAUAAGUGCUUCAGUUGCUCCACUGACACGAACAAUAGGGCCAACAAUUGGAGGAUUUUUAUACAGAAGAUACGGAGUCUCAUCCUUUGGCUAUUUACAGUUGGUGGUCAAUGCCUCUCUGCUUUUGUAUCUCUUGAAGAAGAGGAUCCCUCAUAAAGAAGAGAAAGAUGAAAAUUAGUGCUAUGAACAGUGCUGAUGUGUCAUGUUCCAAUUAUGGUUUAAGAUGUUUAUUUUAAUUGCCCUGUUUGACAGAAAAAAGACUAAUUUAAAUCAACUCCCUUAACACACCACACCACAGUGCAGCUACCAUCGGGACUGCCCUGAAGGGACAGAGCCCUCCCUCCACGGCCAACUGUCAUCGUCCAGCCUGGAGGGAGUGAGGGGGUGGGUAGGGGCUAAUUUUGUAUUGCAAUUUUUAUUGUACACCGCU